AUGCCCACAGCUCCCAAGGAUGAAGAAAACACAGAAGAACAAGAAAUUAAAAGUUUUGACCCAGCAAAGGGGACCAUCAUUGAAGCUCACAAGCUGCCCCCAGAGUUUGGGAAGCUGAAGCGUAUGCAGCACGUGAUCUCCUACAGCUUGUCACCCUUUGAGCCGCCCACCUUCCCAAACUACUUCAGCAAGGGCAUCCCCAAUGUGGUGUGCAUGGCUCCGCCAUUUGUAGUAUUUUAUCUGUUCUACACAAGGGGGAACCAGGAGUCUGAGUGGUCCAAAAGGAAGAAUCCAGCCAUGUACAAAAAUGACAAGUGA